CUGUCAUUGACUUGGCUUUUCUAGACCAGGAAAUUAGCGGUGACUCAGAAUAUCACUUCUCAACAGCAGUGGUGUCGUCCGAAGUACGAAGCAGAAAAAGAGUAUCCUAACUAUACUCGGAGGUUUUUCCUGAGAUAUUCACAAUCAAAACUUUUAAGAAUGUCGCUGUAUCCAUCCCUCGAGGAUCUUAAGGUGGACAAGGUCAUGAAGGCUCAGACCCAAUUUGCCCAUACCACUGCUACCCCAGCCAUCGCUGAGGGGACCUACCAGCCACCGGCUGCUGGGCUGGGGAUGCCAUCAUCAGCCCUGUACCCGAACUGGCUGGAGGAGCUGGGAGAGUACAUGGGCCUGCGCCUUGACAGUGAUGAGGUGCAGAGGAACAUGGCCUUGGUGCCCAUGGCAGACAAUCAGGUGGCGGUGUCCUCUGGCAUGGGCAUCAGUGGCAUGGUGUGUCCCGUGACGGGGUCCGACUUGGGCAUCAAGAGGGCAGAGAUCCGUCCCGGCCUGCGUGAGAUCAUCCUCUGUAAGGACCAAGAUAGGAAGGUCGGCCUGAGGCUAAGAGCCAUCGACAAUGGCGUGUUUAUCCAGCUGGUUCAGGCCAACUCCCCGGCCGCCCUGGGGGGCCUGCGCUUCGGAGACCAGGUCCUCCAGAUCAACGGGCAGAACUGUGCUGGCUGGAGCCUGGACAAGGCCCACAAAGCCCUGAAGGUUGCUGCGGAGACCCGCAUCGAGCUCAUUGUCCGGGACAGGCCGUUCCAGCGUACUGUCACCAUGCACAAAGACAGCUCAGGCCACGUUGGGUUCAUCUUCAAGUCGGGCAACAUCACCUCGCUGGUCAAGGAUGGUUCGGCCGCUCGCAACGGCCUGCUGACGGCCCACUACAUCUGUGAGAUCAACGGACAGAAUGUUAUCGGCCUCAAGGAUGCUCAGAUCAAGGACAUCCUGACCACCUCUCCUACAGCCAUGACCAUCACCAUCAUGCCCAAGUUCAUCUACGAACACAUGGUCAAGAGAAUGUCCAGCGGUCUGCUGCGGUCAGCCAUGGACCACUCUGUGCCAGAGGUGUGAAGGCCGGAACGUGACCACGCCUCCUGCAGGAUGUCUACAAUCUCCAGAGUUCCCAUUGGGCCCCCAAAACAGCCAAUAGGGUCAACUCGCUCUCGCUCUCUGUACUGAAAAACUUAUUGUAUCACAGUCACCGCCUUCGUCUUUCAUCGUAGCAUAAUCUAAAUAUACUUUUUUUUUUCUUUUUUUUUUUUCAAUGGUUCAAAUAUUGUUAUUCGAUGUAGUUCCUUUUCUACUUCUAUCCCUUGUCUAUUUUUACAUGUUUCAUCUCUUUAUAUGAUAACUCUUGUAGUCCAGUAUUGUUUUCUUAUAAUUAUGUUUGUGGCAUUGCAUUGAGUACACCUUUUGUUUUAAAGCCAUGCGCACUAUCAUGAGUCCAGAGCUUCCCCAUAAAGAGCAUGGAAAUGGUUAUUUGGCUCGUGACCUUUCACCUUUUGUGUCAAAAUGCUGUAAAAGCCAAUGAUCUCCAUGGUUGUUGAUCAUAAACCUGUUCCCCUAUGCAGCUGGGACAUUACGCUGGGCGGACCCACUAAGUGCACUUUCCUGUAACCAUUAAUGUUUUUUUUAUUGUUCCAAGUCGAGUCAAAAUUAACUACAACGUAUGUCAACAAGUAUGUAGACGUUAACCGGGAAUGGAUUUGUUUGCACAAAGUAAUCAAGAAACUGAAGUUAUUAAUAUGUACGUAUCGAGGGUUCCCAACAAUCAUUUCCUAUACUUGUUGAUUGAUGUGCACAGCAAGACAGUCGCUCUGGAUAAGAGCGUCUACUAAAUGACUAAAAUGUAAAUGUAAAAUGUAAGACGGAAAACGUGACCUGGGCUCUGAAUCACAAAACAAUUCUCACGCAAAAACGUAAACAUUAACAUUUCCAAUAACCUUUUUGAGGAAUAGCAACUUUGCCUUAACUCUCUUCAUAAGUCCAGAGUUAAGG